AUGAAGACCGUGUCAACACGUACUCCCGUUCUUCAGCUGCGUAGCAGCUGUCAAUUUUUGAGUUGUCAGCGCAGGUGGCAUCUCAUCAAAGGCGACAGAAGGAAAGACGAAGAACUCAAGAGCGUUGAAAUCGCUCCUACCUUUGAGUGUGACAGAAUAGCCAAAGGUGGUGAAAGUGGUCACUCGGGCAGCAUUUCAACAUGUGUCGAUGAGCCCAUAGAGCCACUGUCGCAAGGCCUGACGAACACAGUGGAGGGAACACCGUAUCGUGUCAACUGGUAUGACUUUCAAACUGUGAGUCCAGCGAAGCGCUUCACUUACUGGGUAUACCGCCGCUUGCGAGAUCUGCCACCUGAGUGGCAAGAGUACUAUCGCAGCAUGGUGUAUCAAGAAAUCAGCGCUAGUCGGUAUGUAAACCAAACAUGGGAUUGCUUUAUGAUGGUUGUUGAUGGGUAUCGCAAGGCGAAAUGGGUACUUCGAAAGUACGGCGUGCAGGUCGACGAAAGCCUUAUCCCGAGACCAUACAACAAUUUCUGGGAAGAAACCACACACGAGGAGCGUGUUUGGGCCCAUCGACGCUCCCACCAAAUGAAAGAAUUACAGGCGCUGCAGCGCGAUGAUGACGAAACAGUAUUCGGGGCAAACAUGAUGAAUCGGAACGAAGUGUCAUAUACGUCAAUCAAGAAUCUUCAGAGUGGUAUGCAAGGCGGAACACCUCUUCAUGCUCACGACCUACCUGCGCCAAAAGAAUCAGAUUUGAGAAUGUCGCGCCAGGACGAAGAAAUGAGCAGUGCGCUCAUGUCGAGCAUCGAAGACGACAAGUUGUGGAACCCAGUGCUGCGAUCUCGCUUGCAUACACAGUUUCAGCGAACAGAGGCAGAAUUUUACGGCUUCGAAGAUGAAGAUGAUGACGAACCUGCUGCAGAGAUCCAGGGAAAGUGA